CGCGCGCGAUCCUGGGCGGGGAGGGCGGGGGCCAGGAAGCGGCGAGCGCGCCGGGGAGCGCAGCUGCGGGCGCGGGGACGGUAGGAGCCGCGGAACCGGCGCUGAGAGCGGCUGCAGCCGGAGCGGGCGGACGAAACAAAGGCGACGGUAGAGCUAAUUUUGAGUGUGGAUUUUUGAAUGAAACCUGGAACCCAAAUGAGAAGAAAUCUUCAGGGAACAACUUCUACUGAUAAUGAGUCUACAGAAUCAUCUGUGUGCAUAUAUAUGGAGUGUUCUCAACUUAGAGAUAGCUGAAUGAGUGACUCAUUUACACGGAGUGGGAAACUUACUGAAUCCUUGGCAUUGCUGGAACUGUCAUACAAUUAUGGGGAACUUGACUGAUUGACUUUAAAAAUAUUACCUGUUAUAGACCCUGGGUCAGGAGAGCAGUUUUGUAUCUUCCUGCUGAUUCAGAAACAAGCCUCUGUAGGACCCCAAGCAAAGAAAAGGAAACAAUCUGACCUUUUCUUAUACUGACUGUAUAUAAUAUACUUGACUUCUAAGAACAAAGACACAGUGAAAUACAAUUUUUGUUUUGAUUGAAUAUUCAUCACAUUUUGGAGCUUCCUGAACUGAGAUUUGGAACCUCCGUUGGUGCUUAUUUAUACCUUGGACUGUAAGCAUGAGUGAAUUCUGGUUGUGUUUCAACUGCUGUAUUGCAGAACAGCCUCAGCCUAAAAGGCGACGACGGAUUGACCGAAGCAUGAUAGGAGAGCCAACCAACUUUGUACACACGGCUCAUGUAGGAUCAGGAGACCUGUUCAGUGGGAUGAAUUCAGUUAGCUCCAUUCAGAACCAGAUGCAGUCCAAGGGAGGGUACGGAGGUGGUAUGUCUGCUAACGUGCAGAUGCAGCUUGUGGACACCAAGGCUGGAUAGCCCUGGGUCUUCCCCGGUCAUUGUGAAUUCCAUAUUUUCUGUCUACUAUAAUUUUUUUGUCUUGUGAUUGCAUUUAUUUUAAUUACAAAAAGAAGUAUGAUGGCAUCUUAUCACCCUCUGUGAUUACUCCAGUGAGAUGUUGCUGUUCUGCUCCGAAGAAGAUACUGUCAAGCGGGUCCUGCCUUUUCUCCGCUGGCGUGCAUGCCUUUGGACUCAUGGACAGAGUUCUUUGGAUUGUAGCUGAAUUUCAAUGUUUAAUCAAAUGGAUCUGAUCUUAGCAUGAUUUUUUUUUUUUAAUUGUGAAUGCUAGCACUGUUUUGUAAUUUUUUUCCAUUGUAGACAUUUUCUUUCCAUCUCCAGCCCCCUCUGCCUUAUGAUUUACUAGUAAACAAGAUCUGCUACUGCUAACUUGUCACCAUUUGUGUAUAUUUUGGAAGAUGUGAGACACACGAGCACAAUGAUCAUUUUUAUUUCUUUGAAAUUUCAGCAGAAUAGGUAUCUGCAUGCUUUAUGGAGUUGCUUUGAUGGGAGCCCACGGGAUGCCAGAAAUAAGCAUUUAUUUGCUGCCAUGGGCUGAUUGUACUGCUGCUAUUAGACGGAGUUUGGCUGUGGCACCGAGUCACAUCAGUUUCACAGAAGAAAAGAUAACUUUGUAGCUUAUUUUAAAAGUAUGGCUUUUUGGCCUAUUUGAUUAGGAUUGCAAUAAGAGAAAAACUUGCAUUCAUAAGGCAUUCUUUCUAUUGUGAAUGUUCGGUAUAUUUAUUUUGAGAGCAAGGCCCUGCGGCCGGGAAGAGGCGUGGGUCUGUCUGGAGGCUGCGAUCGAGCUCUCAUCCAGUCUGAGGAGCUGUCGCCCCACUAGCUGUUCAUUCUUUGUGCACUUGUUUCCUUUUUACUGGUUUUUAUGUCAUGUUUAAUAUUUUGGCAUCCAGUUGUUUCCGCUAGCAGUGUGUUGAACUUCUGGCCUGUGCUAUUAAUCGCAGACUGCCAGAGACGUCAGACUUUCUGUGUUCUGUGUAUUUCGGGGGCCUUGGGUGUUGCCAAGAGCAGCACACUGACCUGGUGGAGUCCCUGCUGAUGCAGGCAGCCUACAUGGUGGCUUUUUAUGGUAUUGGUAAGAAGCCUUUGCUCAGGUUCCAAAAUGUGUUUAUCUUUUAUAAAUUGUGUAUUUCAAAUAUUUCUGUAAAUGUUCCUCUUCCAAAUUAGAGCAGUGGCAGUGGUUUGUGUUAUUAAAAUGUUUGAGUCCUAUGUCCAAUUUAGGCUGAACUACCUUGGUCGGAUUAACCUUUCAUGCAGCAGAAGGGGCUUAAUGAAAAACUUAGCUGUAAGGAAAUAAGCUACUGCACAGAGGAACAGUUAAACCAUUUUCUCUUCUGUCUCCACUUACCUCUUUUCCCUCACCUUGGUCCCAGGUUUUUGUGAAAGAGGUAACUAAAGACAUGUUAGGUUUAUGUAGGCAAAACAUGAAAGUAUGUCUCCCCUAAUUCUUCUGAAUUUAAUUUACCCAGUAGAGAGGGACCCCAGAGUACUUGAUCCUUGUGUUUUGCGAUUUUGAGCCUUCUCAGGUGUUGGUCCCAAGCGCGGCAUCUGUCCAGGUUCCAUUAGUGAAGAUCGCAUCUGGAACUUGCCUGGGUCCCAUUGUCAUUCUCCUCAGCCAGGGUCAGGUUCCUGUAUUUUUUUGGCAUUAUCAGCCUGGAUGCAUUUUAGCUUUAAAAUUAGCUUUUGUAUCGCCAGAUAACUUCCUGGAAUGAUACAGGAGCCCCUGUCCGUUUUACCCAACUCGUGAUUGGAUUUUAUUCUCUCCUAUUGCUCUUUUCUUGCUCCAGGACCAGUGAGCCUUGGAGUCUAUCUCCAUGGUAAGCCAAAGGCUGGGCUCUUCAGCCUCAACUGUCCUACAGCUGCCACUAACCUCACAGGCACAGUAAUUACACUGUACACAAGAGCACACGCCAAGGUGCCUGGGAAGGUGCCAGUAAAAUCAAGAAACAAAGUUACAAAGAUAUUAACCUUGGACAUAAAUAUUUUAGGAGGCUUAGAAUAUUUGAGAGUUUGGAGUGAGGCAAUUUUCCCACCUUCCUCAGUGGGAUUUGAAGCCUCGGGAGUCAUCUGUUCUCCUUAGCAACACGUCUCAUUUUUAAAUUGAAGUUAGUUAAAUAGGAUCUUUGUACUCCAGAUUCAUUAUGCUGUUAAUAGUUUGCUGAAAUACAUGCUAACAGCUAUUAAGGGAAACCAAACAAAGAUUUAAUCACAUGCAUCUUGUUAGCAGUGAUCUGCAUUCUGUAGAAGAGGUACUUCCCACAACGUAGGCAUAAAGCGGUGCCAAGAAGCAGAGUGGGAAUGCUGGCUGCAGGGAGCUGGGGGCAGCGUUUCCGGGGCAGUGUCGCAGCGGGCCUCGGAAACACUUUGUGAGCGCGUGGGCCUUCGCUCGUUAUUGAAUCAUAGCAGUUUCAUCAUAGAGAAUAAGUUUGCCUUGAUUUUGUUUAAGAUAACUUCUGCUCAGCACCCAGAAGAUAAAAUUGACAUAUUUUUAUAAUAUAAGCAUACUUUUUUUGUACAUUGUGUUCAUUCUUGAAUAAAGUGAGUUCAGUGUUGGCUUGUAGAUAUUAAAAAGAAAGUAUUGAUUUUGAUUCAAUAAAUGUUUUCUUUCAAUCCUG